AUGUGUCCCGACCAGCAGGAUGCCAACAGAACUGAUUUCGCCCUGGAGGGUCUCCUUCAAGAGGUGCUGAAGACAGCCCUCAUCCACGAUGGCCUCGCACGCGGCAUCCGCGAAGCUGUCAAAGCCUUAGACAAGCACCAAGCCCAUCUCUGUGUGCUUGCAUCCAACUGUGAUGAGCCUAUGUCUGUCAACUUGGUGGCGGCCCUUUGUGCUGAGCACCAAAUCAACCUAAUUAAGGUUGAUGACAACAAGAAACUUGGGGAAUGGGUAGGCCUCUGUAAAACUGAUCGAGAGGGAAAGCCACGGAAAGUAGUUGGUUGCAGUUGUGUAGUGGUUAAGGACUAUAGCAAAGAAUCUCAGGCCAAGGAUAUCAUCGAAGAGUACUUCAAGUGCAAGAAAUGAAUAAAUAAAA